GCCGAGCAAGCAAGAGUUAUCACCGGCAUGGCGUACACAACUACUGGCGGAAAGAAAAGAGUUUGCUAUUAUUACGAUGGUGACAUUGGUAACUACUACUACGGUCAAGGCCAUCCCAUGAAGCCACAUCGUAUUCGAAUGACCCACAACUUGCUUCUUAACUAUGGCCUGUAUAGGAAAAUGGAGAUCUAUCGUCCACACAAAGCAAACCUGGACGAGAUGACUAAAUACCAUUCAGAUGAUUACAUAAAAUUCUUAAAGACUAUAAGACCCGACAAUAUGUCCGAAUACACAAAGCAAAUGCAGAGAUUCAAUGUUGGUGAGGACUGCCCUGUCUUUGAUGGUUUGUUUGAGUUCUGUCAGCUUUCAACAGGCGGAUCAAUUGCUGGAGCAGUGAAGCUAAAUAAACAACAGACAGACGUGGCUAUAAACUGGGCUGGUGGCCUGCAUCAUGCAAAGAAAUCUGAAGCAUCAGGGUUUUGUUAUGUCAAUGAUAUUGUUCUGGCCAUUUUAGAGCUUCUGAAGUACCACCAGCGUGUAUUAUACAUUGAUAUUGACAUUCACCAUGGUGAUGGAGUAGAAGAAGCAUUCUAUACCACCGAUCGUGUCAUGACAGUGUCGUUUCACAAAUAUGGAGAAUAUUUCCCUGGAACUGGUGAUUUGAGGGAUAUUGGAGCAGGAAAAGGGAAAUAUUAUGCUGUGAAUUUUCCUCUUAGAGAUGGAAUUGAUGAUGAGUCUUAUGAACAAAUUUUCAAUCCUGUUGUCUCAAAGGUAAUGGAAGUAUACAAACCAAAUGCUGUUGUGCUUCAGUGUGGAGCAGACUCUUUGGCCGGAGACAGACUUGGCUGCUUCAAUCUGUCACUCAAAGGCCAUGCUCAGUGUGUGAAUUUUGUGAAGAAGUUCAAUCUUCCAUUGUUGGUUCUUGGAGGAGGGGGAUACACAAUCAGGAAUGUUGCAAGAUGCUGGACAUUUGAGACAGCAGUAGCUUUAGAUUCUGAUAUUGCAAAUGAACUUCCCUACAAUGAUUACUUUGAGUACUUUGGUCCAGACUUCAAACUCCACAUUAGUCCAUCCAAUAUGGCCAACCAAAACACAAAUGAUUACCUGGAAAAAAUCAAACAGAGAUUGUUUGAAAACUUGAGAAUGCUUCCCCAUGCUCCAGGAGUACAGAUGCACCCCAUUCCUGAUGAUGCACCAGUUCUGGAGGAAAGUGACAAUGAAGAGGACAUGGAACCUGACAGAAGAAUAAGUAUCCGUGCAUCAGAUAAACAUGUUGCACCUCAGGAAGAAUUGUCAGAUUCAGAAGAUGAAGGAGACAGCAGAAGAGACAUACAGGCACCAAAGGAGCCAAAACGAUCCCGCAAGCGACCCAAAGUAUCCAGUACACCAGUGGAAAAAAUGGUCACAAAUGGUGUUGAAAAUACUGUCAAUGAUGACUCAAAACCAUCAGCCGUGUCAAAUGAGAACACACCCUCUUCAAAACCCAGCACCUCCCCUGUGGAGGAGAAAGAGAAACCCAAGAGCUCAACAAGUACUCCCAAGGAGGGGUCCCCUCAGACAGUUGCUAGUGUUACAUCUGAGAUGUCAACUGAGCCACCUCCUGAACAAGAAGCCAGUAGAAAAAGUCCUGAAGCUGCUGAAAGUGCUACUACUGGGAAAGAGGAUACAGAAGAAGCUAUGGAAGUACAGGAGUCUGACGCCCCUCCAAAUACUGAUGGAGAUACUUUGUCCAAUGCAGAAAACAAUGGAGCAACCAGUACAGCAAAAAGCAACUCACCCCAGCCGGUCGAAGAGGAGGAGAAAGAAAAGGCUCCUCCAGCUGAAGAAAGCGGGGACGCCUCAAAAGAUGAAGAGACCAAGAUGGAACACUGAAGAACCGAUGACGGCUAUCCUCUCUUGAGUCCUUUUCUCUUAAUCCCUCUCGUCCCCCAGUCUGUAUAUUCAUCCCCCCUACCUCCCCUCCCUGAUCACGUUCACCAUUUCUUACAACAUUCAUGUAACAGUUAUUGAGCCUUUGUAUAGUUCCACUUGUUUUCGU